CACCUGCCCUGGGGGAGGGGCACAUCGGGCCCGCGGGUCGGUCAUUGAUUGGCCCUGCCUGGCACAGUCCGGGCCUCUGCAGCAGACUGCGGUGCCUAUCAGACCUGAGCAGUUGCUCGGGCUGCCCUCGGGGAGCGAGCCAGCAGCCUGGCGCCCAGGCUAGGGCCACCAUGGUACUGCCUCCAGGCUCAGCUACCCUCCUGCACAUACUGCUGCUCCUGCCCGCCCUUCUGAGCUCAGGUUGGGGGGAGUUGGCACCACGAAUUGAUGGUCAGACCUGGGCUGAGCGGGCACUUCGAGAGAAUGAGCACCACACCUUCACUUGCCGGGUGACUGGGGGGCAUGGUGCCCCCCGGCUGGCCUGGUACCUGGAUGGACAACUGCAGGAGGCCGGCACCUCAAGACUGGGCAGGGAGGCCUUCUCUGGAGGCACAAGCACCUUCACUGUCACUGCCCAGAGGGCCCAGCAUGAGCUCAACUGCUCCUUGCAGGACCUGGGCAGUGGCCGGUCAGCCAACGCCUCUGUCAUCCUCAAUGUGCAAUUUAAACCAGAGAUUGCCCAGGUUGGGGCCAAGUACCAGGAAACUCAGGCAGGCCUCCUGGUUGUCCUUUUUGCUCUGGUGAGUGCCAACCCUCCUGCCAAUGUUACCUGGAUCGACCAGGAUGGGCCGGUGACUGUCAACGCCUCUGACUUCCUGGUGCUGGACACCCAGAACUACCCCUGGCUCACCAAUCACACCGUGCAGCUGCAACUCCACAACCUGGCGCACAACCUUUCGGUGGUGGCCACCAAUGAUGUGGGUGUCACCAGUGCCUCCCUUCCAGCCCCAGGGCUCCUGGCCACGCGAGUGGAAGUGCCACUGCUGGGCAUCGUUGUGGCUGGAGGGCUUGCCCUGGGUACCUUGGUGGGGUUCAGCACCUUGGUGGCCUGCCUGGUCUGCAGGAAAGAGAGGAAGACCAAAGGCCCCUCCCGGCGCCCAUCUCUGAUCUCCAGCGACUCCAACAACCGGAAACUCAGCAACGUGCACCUGCCACGGGAGAACAUGUCCCUCCCAUCCAACCUGCAACUCAACGACCUCACUCUGGAUUCCAGAGCAGGGAAACCAGCAGACCGGCAGAUGGCUCGGCCCAACAGCCGGCCUGAGCUUCUGGACCCUGAGCCUGGCGGCCUCCUCACCAGCCGAGGCUUCAUCCGUCUCCCGAUGCUGGGCUAUAUCUACCGAGUGUCCAGUGUGAGCAGUGAUGAGAUCUGGCUGUGAGGGGAGGGCCAGGCACAGAUGCCCUCUUGGUCCCUGGCUACCCUCCUACUUCUUCUCCAAGGCACCCUCUACCUGGCCUUGUUGCCAGUAGGAAGAGGCCACGCCACAGCCACUUUGGCUUGCCUUCCUGGCUGGGGUGCCCUCUAUGUCAUCCCCACGAUGAGUUUCACUAGGAUCUGACCCUCAGGGGCACAGGCAUCGUUUGCAAGACCUAAGUCCCUCAUUCUAAUGUGAGUUGGCCUUUGCAGGGGAUGACUGUGCCAGGCACGUGGAACUCUUUGACCAGGUGUGCUCACAUGUCACCCAGCAUCUAAGUGUGGCAUGGCCUUUUUUGCUUGGGCCUGCUCUGUACCCCACCCUGGCACUCCUCUGCACCUUGUCCAGUGGGCACAGGAGCAUGCCUGGUUGGGGGACAGGAGGGUCCUGCAUGUCUUGGAUUUCCCUCCCAUACUAUGCAGCUUCCUUCCCUCAGGGAAAGUUU